UGUGCACUGAUACUUGUAAAGAGAUCCUGUUAGGGUGGGUGUGUGGACAAGCUGUACAAUUUUCCUACUUAGACGAAUAAUGUUUUGAUUUGGUAACUUCCUCUUGACACCUGAUGCAAUUGAUCACUGAAGAAAUAAAAUUUGUACUGCAUUCAACAUCACAAGUGUUCAAUCGACAAGGAAGAUAUUUUCUGGAAAACUGCAUUCAAAACAAUUUUUUCAAUGUAAAGAGUGAUGGUCUUGGGUGCAUUUGGAUAUCUGAAGCUGAUAAUAGCAUUACCUUUUGUGUACUACUAAAUGAUUCCUACAGGCUCUUAUGAAAAUCUAAUGAAGCUUUGAUCAAAGCCCUCUUAAUCUGCAGCAAAAGUCUGAUCAUUUCUGUAUGUGGACACUUUGAUACCAAUCUGGUAACCAAAAGGCCGAAAGCUAUUAAGGAAACUUGAUACUGGCUGGAAAGGAAUUGCUGGGAUUUAUUAUCUAACUGCAUGUACAAUCAACUCUGAUCAUGCAGGAUUGGUUUGAAUAUUAAUAUUCUCAGUGAAUCCAGCAGCAUCUGGAAUCGUGCGCUGCUUUGCGUUUACAAUAACACCAAACCCCACCCUCACCCUAUGCAAUAACGGAAUGAAGGGAGUGAUGGAUAGUCCCCUGGACCUCAGUUUCUUGACAGAGGAUGAGUAUCAGAUGCUCUUGAAAGUUAUUCAGAGGGAUUCUGAACUCAAGAAAAAAGACAGUGAACGAAUCAGGACAGCACAAAAAUCCAUUCAAGAUGAAAAAAGAAGGAAGCUGGUUACUGGACUGUGGUUUGAGGAAGUUAAAGCAAAACGUUACCGGAAUUCUUUACUUGGAGUGGACCUGAUCAAGGCAUCAGUAAGGAGGAAAACACCCAUAACAUACGAUGCUGCUCAGAAAAGUGAACCACAACAAAAUCAGCUUUCUCCAUCGUACCCUGUCCCAAGCUCAUCUCAAACUGCCAUAUAUAAAGAAUCAAGUGAUUCAACCGAUGAAGCCAGUGAGGAGUUUCCAGAUGAGGAAGAAACAAUCACAGCAAAGCGAAAGACUAAAAUGAAGGAUAUUCAGGAGAAGUCAUUAUAUGAUCCGUGGGCAAUCAGCAGUGAGGAAAUAAACCGUACAGGAUUUGCUCUACAAACACCAGAAAAAGGACAGCAAAAAUAUCAUGCAGGACCUAGAGCAUCCACUCCAAUAUCUGAGCCAACUGUGGAGUGGCAGAAACGAGCCAAGAGUGUAGAUAAUCACUAUCCAGAAACCUACCAGAGUCCCACAGGCUCUGACAUACUGACUGAACUUCAGAUGAGACACACUUCCAGUGUUUCUCGAAUUCCAAGAAGAAUAAAUUCUAUUGGUGCCCCGGGAGAUUUGAGCAGAACUGAGGAGUCAAGAACACCAAAUGACCUUACCUUUAAUCAGGAUCAUGUACAUGGUUCACAAAGGAUCCCUGCGGGUUUUAGCACCGAGUCUCCUAUUGGUGAAGAAUCUCCAGAUACAAUGAAACAAGAUAAUGUUGCAGGCAGCCCCUAUGAUGCAAAGCAAGCAAACCAGGCAUCUGAGUUUAGGGACCAAAGAACUGCUUCACCUGCGGGUGACAGUCAGACUCCAAGAGAGCAUAGUCAUUUAGAAUUUACAGGGGAAACAUGGAAGGCUGCAGAAGAGCCUGAGCACAAUAACUUGAAUGUUUCAGGUCAAGGAUUAAUCACAGUCUCUACAGAAGUGUCACCAAUGAAUGAAAAGGCCCUGGAUGUGUCAAAAUCCAAGAAGAGCUUGGCCACUCACUAUAAAGGGGCUCCCACUUACAAGAUUCCAGAGAGCAGUGACAAAGGGAAAAUGCGUAUUUCUAACAUUACCCAGAUUCCAAAAUCAGACAGAACGUCCAGAGAAAGUGAAACUAUGACAACCAAGAAGCCUGAAAGCUCUGCCUCCGAGUCAGGCCCACAAGGACUACCAUCAGCAAAAACUUCUGAAGACCAACAAGCUUUCAAUACGCUUGAGAAAUUGAACCUGUCACCCACAUCUCGAAUUCCAAGACUGAAAAUUGCUUUAGAGACAGCAGGGGAAACUCCAAAAGUACCUGUUGAGGAUCUGAAGCCAUUGAGUAGACAGUUGGCAGGUAAGAAUGGGACUACUGAGGUGACCGACCAAGCAAAGGCUGCCUUUCAACCUACUUCCAGGAUAGCUAAAUAUCAGUCAUCCUCUUCUGAUGAUGAGAGAGAGAAAGGCCAUAAACAAGGUGCUAUGUUCACUAUAAAUGCCUUAGGUAAUAGGCACCUUGAAGAAGAAGCCCUUACUGACCCCAAGCAUUUCAAAAGCCUGAGGCACUUUUGGGAAAAAGGAAUCGAAUCCAAUAAAGCAAACAGUGAACUUCCAAGCAAUGUUUCCAAAAUUCCAUUUAGAAGACUCAGAUCACCAGAUUACAAAAGCUGCCCUACUGAAGUAAAGCAAUCCACAACGCCUGAGUCCAAGUCCAAUUUGGUAACCAGGGAAGUUCCUUCUACAAAUAGCUAUCCUAAAUCAGAACUUCAAGGGAACCGAUCAGUACCUGAGGAAGGAGAAGCUGUUCAGCUAACUUGGACUAGCAAGUUACCUCCUGUUCCUGCUCCAAGAGCCAGACCAACUGUCAAAAUUGGAAAGUCAGAUUCACGGAUGACCAAGUGGGAUCAACAUGCAGAAACAACUCCUUCCAUGGUUGAUGAAGUAUCUAAAAUUAAUGUUCCGCAAGCUCAUAGUGAUGACAGUCAGACAAAGGACACCAUUGCAGUGGAAUCCAUUGAACAUGGAAGACCCACAACAUUGAUGCAUUCCAUAAACUCAAGUUUGGAUGAAUCUUCGUCAAUCAGGAAAAGCAGUCAAACUCCUGUGGAUUGCAUUGUGGAGGAACCUAUAAAGAAGGAGAUUCUUCCAGCAAAGGAGAUCGAGAGAAAGGAGAUGUAUGAGAAGAUAAAGAAAAUGGGACUUGAAUCAGCUAAAGAUGACACACCGUCAAAAGAGGAGCACACAAUGAGAAAGGAUGAUGAUAAAGUCAGCAACGAGAAUCCGAUUUUACUUCACAGUGAUCAUAAGUCAGAGUUGAGGACACCAGCAGACAAUUAUACUAUAAGACUUGAUGAAGAAAGUCAAGUUUGUCCAAAGGAGAGGGAUGAGGAAAUCAUUCUAUGGUCUUCCCAGUCUGAUUUACCCACAUUGGAACAGGAUGUAUCUCCAGGAAAAAAUUAUUGCACCAAUAUUCCUUUGAAGAGCCAAGCAGAAACCCUGGUGGAAAAGUCACCUGAAGAUGAUCCUGUUGAACCUCAAACCAUCCUGCAAUACAAUAAACACUUACUGCCAAGAAGUGUAAAUGAAGAAUCAACAUGGUUAGACACAAAGGCACAUUCAGGAGAUGCUAAAGUGAGAACAUCAUCUACAGAUGAACUUCAUUAUUCAGUUAAUCUGAACCCAGUAACUGUUAAAAAACCUAUAACUAUUGCUAGUACAGACGUUAGUGAAGCUGACCUUAUGGGCAAAGCACUAAACAGUAAUUCCAGUGCGCGGGAGGAGGAAUCUUCAAACAUUGUCCAUUGUGUGGAUGAUUCAGAAGGUCCCAUUUAUGGAUUGUCCCCUGUAAUGAAGGCUUUAGCCAGAGCUAAGAAGAAUAAUGCUAAGAGUAUGGACAACCUAAACUGUACAGUAGACAGAGAAACCAUCGGUUCUUCAGUGAAUGAGAAUGAAGUAAAAAGAGAUGCUGAUAACAAGCCCCCUGCAGUAAACAUUCCAACGCUGGAGCAUUCAAGGGUGAAGGAGCUGAGCAAGUCUGUUCCAAUGCUCAUGACUGAGAGUGAAUCAGACUCCGCUUCAGAGGUCAGCUUCAACAUUGGAUGGCACAGAAAGACUCCCAGUGAUGCCAGCCAUUCCUCAGAUAUGGCAUCUGUGUCUUCGGUGAGUGGAAGCAUCAUGAGUGUCUACAGUGGUGAUUUUGGAAGCAUUGAUGCCCAGGGGUCAGUCCAGUUCGCUUUGGAUUACAAUGAGAAGAAUAAAGAGUUUCAGAUUUAUGUGUAUCAGUGUAAGGAUCUGGCUGUAGUGGAUGAGAAGAAGGGUCGAACUGAUGCAUAUGUUAAAACCUACUUGCUUCCGGACAAGGCACGUAUGGGCAAGAGGAAGACCUCUGUCAAAAGGCGAAACGUUAAUCCACUCUACAAUGAAAUAUUGAAGUAUAAAAUUGAGAAGAGUGUUCUCCUAAUCCAAAAACUCAAUCUGUCUGUCUGGCACAAUGACACACUGGGCAGGAAUAGUUUUCUGGGAGAGGUGGAUGUGGACUUGGCCAGCUGGGACUGGAGUAAUCGAGAACUUAACUGGUAUCUCCUAAAGUCGAGGUGUCCCAUGGUGGGAGUUGGUGUGGAUCACAGAGGAGAAAUAAACCUCGCUAUCAAAUAUGUGCCACCCGGCAGUUUAGGUGCUGGAGAUCCUCCCACUGGAGAGGUACACAUAUGGAUGAAAAAUGCUAAGGAUUUGCCCCAGCUUCGAUCAUCUGGAGUGGAUUCAUUUGUGAAAUGUUAUGUGCUUCCUGACACAAGUAAGAAGAGUUACCAGAAGACUCGGAUUGUGAAGAAGGACACCAACCCUAUUUAUAACCAUACUAUUGUAUACGAUGGCUUCAGAACGGAGGAUCUGAAGGAAGCCUGUGUUGAACUGACAGUAUGGGAUCAUGAAAAACUGACCAAUCAUUUUCUGGGUGGUCUCAGGCUAGGUUUUGGCACAGGAUAUAGUUAUGGAAUCCCAGUAGAAUGGAUGGAUUCUACAGAGGAAGAGACAGCUCUCUGGCAAGAAAUGGUGUCAAAUCCUAAUGAAUGGAUACCAGGCUCCCUGCUACUUCGGUCUCAGUUGGGAGGCAAGAAGCUUAAGUGAAAUAGCACUUUGUGCAAAAAGACUUGCAAUGGUUUUUACUGCCAAAAUAUUUUGUGUCAAUCAGCAACUGAACUGAUAGUGCACUUGAUAACAUGAAUCAAGCCUUUAUUUCCGAUUCAAAUACUAUCACCUAGUAAAAUGACUGAAUCUAUUGCCUUUAUAGCCUUGAAUCUUGAAUCCUUUUUAAAGAAGCCAUUUCAAAUCUUUGUACACAAUCUAUUUUCUGAAAAUUCUUCUAUCCCAACACUUCCAUUAGGCCCUUGACAUUUCUGUAGUAGUUUUUGACUCUGUGUCCCAUGUAUAGCCCAUUCCUCAGUUACAUGAACGUGUAAUUUCAAUAUUAUUUUUCUUCAAUCCGGAAUAUUGUCUUGCUGACAUAAAAACAACAAAAAAAAAGGAUUUGGCAAGACUUGCAGAAUCUGUGAAAUGGGAAACAAGAGUUGAUGUUCCGGGACUGUAGAUCACAAUUGAAAUGCCAUUGGGAAAUGUUAACACUGUUGUUCUCUUCAAAGAUGCUGCCUGAGCUACAGAGAAUUUCCAGCAGUUUCAGUUAAUCUAGAUUUCCAGCAGCUAUAGCUUAUUGUUUCACAUAUUUAUCUUUCUGAAGAGAUUCUCAGGAACACUCCAAUGUUUUAUACCAAAGAAUGAUGGAAUGUCUGCCACUAUCCACAAUUUUCCUUUACAAUGAGCUGCUGGUUUAAAAAAUGACGUGGAGGUGCCGGUGUUGGACUGGGGUGGACAAAGUCAGGAGUCUCACAUCACCAGCUUAUAAUCUAACCUACAGUGAAACCUUUCACCUGAUGAAGGAGCGGCAUUCUGAAAACUUGUAUCUGUUGGACCUUUAACCUGGUGCUGUGAGACUUCUGACUUGGUUUCAAAAAUGCCACCCAGUAAGUUUCUGAGUAGAGGCCAGUUAAAUAAAUAAGAACCAUUUCACUUAAUGUUUGUAUACCUUUUUAAAAAGCUCCUUUUUUCCUGACUACACAGUAAGUGAGACUGAAUUCCAACGCUUAAACGUCACCAGUUGAAUGGGCUGUGAGCCACAUAAAGAAAUACUGAACGGAGAUCUGUCGAAAGAGAAAUAGUUAUUGAUAGCUCUUGAUAUAUAUUGACAUUUGCUAACCCAGGUGGUUGGUAAUAUGGAGGAUGGCCUUUACAUCCAUUUUGCUAUAAAUGACUCUUCGAUUUAGUCUAUAGGUGAUUUCACCCCUCUCUCCACAUUAAUUAUCAGUUGUAAGAAAUUCAGAUACAAGGGAUCUCAAUUUAAAAACUUGCCAGCUCUCUUACUUAAACUGACACUAAUGUAUGGAGCACUUUCAACAAAGUAGCUUUUACUCAGAUUCUAAACACUGCAUUUACUUCCCUUGUAGAAAUGCCAUAACGAUAUAGUUCAGAAAAUAAGUACCGUAGGAAAGGAUCAUAAAUAGAGCCAGUUCAUGAGCUAUAACAUCCAUCUGGCUAAAGUGGGUUAGAGACACAUCUGCACCUGAAUGGCUGAAAUGUUAUUGUAGAACUGGAUCUGCCAAAUUGUUCAGUUAGAUAAUUACUGUUUCAUUUGAGGAAUUAAUUUCUGUAGAUUCUUGUUUGUAGAUUAAUGUUUGUCUCACUUAUCAAAUAUUUGGAUUGUUUGCAGUGUUGUAUGCCGCACACAUUCUCUGCACUCCAAAUGCUCUUGUUUUAUUACAGCAAUAUUAACAAAUAGGAGGCAAACAAUAUUCUAGAUAAAUGUUGAAGCUUCCCUCAUGUCAUAUUAUAACUUCCUAUGUUUAGUCAUUUUCUCCUCCUGUAUGGUGCACCAACAUUGUCCUUGCUGUACAUAUUAAGACCCUUCAGUUAAUGACAGAAAUUUAAAGUUUAAGCAUUGGUUACUAACAACAAAGUGAAUUGCAUUGAUGUGCUUUAAAUAUGGAAAGCUGCUUCAAGGACUGUGUCAUCUAGCCAGUCUAAUGUGGUGGUUGGAGACUUUGUGUAACUUUUUUUAAGUUCUAAUUGAAAUAGAUGAAAUGUUAGUAAAGUUUGGCUACUACAAAGUGAGACCAUUUAUGAAUUCUUUCCUGUCUUCCAUUUACCAUGUAUAUUUAGCAGCCUGAUAGAGGGCUACCCGAACAUAAUGAUCAUAGGAGAAUAACUUUUGACAACAAUAUUGGACCCAACCAUCUGUUGGUCUGAUAGAGAAUGUAGCUAUUUAUCUCUCCAUUUAUAACUGGACCACAUUUCACUUGUGCAUAAUAUCUUCUCCUCCUUGUAAUUUUCUCCCUGGAAAUAAUUGAUUUAUUGAGCAAGGAAGGCGUGAAUAAACGUUAAAAAAUUGAGAUGAGCUUGUAUACCUUCACUUCAUUCACAAAAUAUCUAAAAUCUCUACACCAUUACUUAAUGGUUUUAUCGCUGCUAUUUUCGGACACAAUUUGCAUUUCAAUGUUUACAUGUUGUAAUAUAUUUCAGUGUCUGAUCAGCUGGUAUUUAAUUUUAUUAAGUUGACAUAAAGAAUUUCCCAGGCUUCAGCCUAAAUUCAGGGUAACUUUUUGGUGUUAAAUCAAUGGAUCUCAAUAUUGUUAAAUUCAACUUGCAUGAUGCUAAUUUUGUUUUUUAUUCAAAUUGAAUUUAAGAAAUCAGAAGUGAAAACCUGAGCUAUGAUUUCAUUUUAAACAGACAAUAAAAGAAAUAAUGAGUAUGUCAGGCUCAUGUGUCAACCGUCUAAAAGUUUUCUCAGGCUGAUCUAACAGUUGAAAAAUAUAACAUCAAAUAUAGGAAUAAUCAAUGAUAAAUGUCGGUGUAACCAUGAUAUAAUAAAUUGAAAUGACAUCUCGAA